AUGACGGCAGCAACCCGGUUCUUGCUCGGUGACUGCCCCACGCUGACCCAUGAAGCCCGCGUGAGUCUUCUAGCAACCGAAAAUUCCCUGUGUGGCGGGAAUUUUGUCGUUCGCAAGAGAAUGUGGUGCACCCAGCAUCGAAUGUGCCAUAGACCUUGCAUGUUGCGAGAGUGGUACAGACAAACUGGUGACCCACGUUUUCAGGAAAGAGCCGAACACUGUGGCGGACGAUGCGGUGCGUGGGACCUGGUCUCAUACCCGGUGCGCCGGCGCUGGUGCUGUGAGCUGGCCGCGCGCGUGCUGGUGCCGGUGACCGGAGCAGAGCUAUGGGAGGGACAUUGGUUCAUUGCCAAUUCAGAAGUGGACAGAAGCAGACUCGGCCUGCACCAUUCUCAAUGUCCAUUGAGAGACGACAGGAACAUCAUGGACACACAUAUUCAAGUGACUUGUACGUCCUUUGCGUUCGACACCAGGAAGAGAACAUGGCUCAAGAAUUGCAAUGCAAGACUGCUCCAGAUGGAGGAAAGCAAAGAAAAGAGCGCCAAGACCUUAUUCAAGAUGGCGCUAGAGGUGGAGUGUAUGAUGCGUGUAGUCGCUGACAAGUGUUGGACCCCAUCAGCUUGCCGGGCGGAGCAAUCAGUGGACCCCUGGUUGAUCCAACCAAAAACAGUCGUCUGUCCGAGGCAAGGAAAAGCAGCGGGGACUGUUGAAGCAGUACGAGACCUCCUGAAGGAGUUGCAAAUGUUGCUGGAGUUUUUUGCGGCGGCGGCCAUACUAGGCGGGCUCUUUGCAGACAAGCAGCCUUCCAGAAGGACUCUUGGCACACUGCCUGUGAAUGUGCCUGUCAAAGCGCUGGAUCUCACACAGCCAAAGGAUGCAGAUGCAGAUGCAGAAGCUGCAGGGAAGGAGGAACACGACCCCCCUAGAGUUCUUCAGAUGGUGUACCAUCUUGAGCCGGCUGCAGAUAUUCCCGAAGACGAAGCUCAGAUGAUUGUUGACAUUCAACAUGCAGAUUUUGUGCAGCGCAAUCUUGGUGCUGCUCCAUUGCAAGCUGAACUGAAUGAUGAGGCAGAGCUGGAGCCUCGCAAUGAGCUUGUUCCAGAAGACAUUUUCAAGGGCCGCGUCAACAGGAUGAGCAAAGACACCUCUCGCCAUUUUCUUGAAGGAGCGGCUCUGCGACCUUGCCGCGAUGCGCUGAGUCGCGCCGGCUAUGAGGUGGAGAUUCAGGGCGGCUGCUUGGUUUUCGUCCAUCCGCAUCAGUAUGAAGAUGUGCUCAGGGCCCUUCAGACUUUCACGUUGACCCGUGCAGACAUCGUUUUUGCGGCCUCCUUCGAGUACUUGGUGGAGCAAACCUUGAGUCUCGCCGUUGACGUGGGGUGCCAGGGAUCUUGGAUGAAGUCCAGAGAUCAGCUUCCGAUGGAGAUUGAGACGGAUGGAGAGCAAAAGGAAGAAUCAGUGGAAGUUGAUGGUGUCCUGGAAAUUGACAGGACAUUCUAUCGAUGGCGGCCAGCAACAGCGGCUGCUUCUAACCCGAAACCCUUGACUUUUUAA